UGGGAAUUUCACUGUUUAAAAUUGUUUCUGCUUUUACCUAUGCUGCGUGUUUGUGUUAUCGUCUCUUUUCCUAACCAGUAGCGUAAUCGGUCGAGAGAGAUGGAGGUGCCAGGAUCGUCGAAGAAGAUGAUAGCUACGCAGGAAGAGAUGGUGGAGGCGAGGGUUCCUCUGGCAUACCGGGACCAGUGCGCUCACCUUCUGAUUCCCCUUAACAAGUGCCGCCAGGCCGAGCUUUACUUGCCAUGGAAGUGCGAGAACGAGCGCCACUCCUACGAAAAGUGCGAAUACGAGCUCGUAAUGGAGCGGAUGCUUCAGAUGCAGAAGAUCCGGCAGCAGGAGGAGUCCUCCCGCCUCAAACAAGGUGUCAACCAUCAGCCCAUUCCCCUUGCCGCCAGCACUGCCAAUGCCUCCUAGUCUCUGCUUUUUCCAUCUGUAGGGAGUGAGCUGAUACUGGUAAAGGUUGUGGUUGUUCCAGAGUGGAGCAUUUGUUCAUCUGCCAUAAGAAGAAAAAAGAAGGAACUAUUUGUGUGUUUACUGAGAACAUGAUGUAUUCUUGAUUUCUUGUUCAUGUUUGUUCCAAAUAAGAUUUCACCCUUGACAUGGAUUGUUAUUAAUUGUUGUCCUAAUCCUUUUAUUGGUAACUUUUGGUUCUUAAAAAAUCAAGUCAUUUUGUAACAUUGAUAGUAAUAACUAGCUUCAUAUUAUUACAAACACAAUUUAGAAUAAUAUUGAAUC